AUGAGCAGCAGGAGUUUGGUGGUGAUUUUGGUGCUGUGCCACGUCCAGUGUUUAGCUGUUCUGGCUGCGGCAGGGAUCCAACCACGCUGCUUGAACAACAGAGACAACUGCUCUAAUAAUGAAAACCUUGAGCCCAUAUUCACAAAUAACAAUUUGUCUCAUAGGGCUUUAACAUGGUUUAAACACCCUUAUUUCUCCAUCUCCCUCAUGGGCCUCCAGCAACUCUCCACCUUUGAGUUUCCACAUGUAGCCGGCAGUUUGAAACGGAUGAAGAGGGAGUGGGUCAUUCCUGCGAUUAACUUCCCCGAGAACGACAGGGGUCCAUUUCCCAAAUUCAUGGUGAAGAUUAAAUCAAGCAAUGACGAGAAGAUGGCGAUAACGUACAAGAUCACCGGACCGGGGGCGGAUCAGCGUCCUGUGGGUGUUUUUGCUGUGGAUCGGCGAUCUGGGGUUCUGUACGUGACCCAGCCAUUAGACAGGGAGAAGACGGACAAAUACAUUCUGUGGGCCCACGCAAUGCAUGAGAAGACCACAGCUGAGGAGCCUAUGGAGGUUGUCAUCAACGUCAUCGACCAGAAUGACAACGCUCCACAGUUCACUCAGAACCAUUUCUACGGCUCAGUAAGCGAAAGCGCUGAAGUCGAUGACUUCGUGGCAAAGGUGACGGCGGAGGAUAAAGACGACCCAGAGAUGAGCAAUGCAAUAAUUAGGUAUCAGAUAAAGAAUCAGACGCCUCAAAUACCCAAAGGUGACAUGUUUACCAUAAACCCUUUGAGCGGAUUGAUCAGUGUGGCAGCAGGAGGCCUGGACAGAGAGACCCAGCCCCAGUACAAGCUGAGCAUUGAGGCUGCUGACAUGGAGGGCGAGGGGCUGGCGGCCACCUGCACUGUGAUCAUCAGCGUCUCCGACAGCAACGAUAACGCUCCAGAGUUCACCGUCACAUCUAUUUCCACAUUCGUCCCUGAAAAUGCAGCCGGAGUGGAGGUCAUAAGGUUAAAGGUCACAGACAAGGACGAGCCGGGAUCUCCCAACGCCAACACUCAAUAUUCAAUAAUCGCAGGAAACGAGUGCGGGCACUUCAACGUCACCACAGGCGCCAAUAAAAUGGAGGGAAUCAUCAAAACAGCCAAGCAGCUGGAUUUUGAGAGCACUCCUGAAUUUACUCUGCUGGUGGUGGUGACUAACGAAGUGCCGCCGUCCGGGCCGACGUGGACCUCGACGGCCACCGUCACCGUGGCGGUGGAGGACCAGAACGAGCCUCCUGUCUUCAGUCCAGCCGAGAUCCUCGUGAGCAUCUCGGAGAACGUGAAGGCCGGGAGCUCUGUGGCCGGCCUCAGAGCUGAGGAUCCAGAUACAGCCAGGACCCAGAGCGUGAGAUAUAAAAUACACAAUGACACUGCCCAUUGGCUGAGUAUCGAUAAAGUCACCGGCUUGGUCAAAGUAAGAGGUAGCAUGGACAGAGAGUCACAUUAUGUCAAAGACGGCAAAUACACAGUCCUGAUUUUGGGCUAUGACAACGACACCGUCCCAGCCACCGGGACAGGAGCCGUGGUCGUGACUUUACUGGACGUGAACGACCACCGCCCUGUGAUCAGACAGAGAACAGCCACUCUGUGCAGCAAGGACCCGGCCCCUGCCUUGUUGGACAUCAGGGACCUCGACGGACCGGGUCACGCUGGACCCUUUUUUGUGGAGCUUCAAGGAGAGUACACGAUCAACUGGACCAUUAGCACCAACUCCACAAGUAGCGUGGCAGCUCUGGCCCCCAGGCGGGAGCUGUCGCCUGGUGAAUACCAUGUUCUCAUGCGGAUCUAUGAUGUCGGCAUGCUCUACCAGGACAGCACACUGGCUGUGGAGGUGUGCCAGUGUGAAGGAGCCAGUUCCACCUGCUUCAUCUCACAUUCUGCCCCUCAUCUGCACAGUUCUUCUCACGCAACUUCAGUUCUUGGAGUGAUUUUUGGUCUUUUGUUGCUGCUUCUGCUGUCGCUGCUGCUGCUGGUGUUGUUGAGGAGGAGAGGGAGGAGCUCGGAGAAGGACUUCCGUCACCUUGAAGAUAUGCCCAGGGACAACAUCUUCCUGUAUGAUGAAGAGGGAGGAGGUGAAGAAGACCAGGACUUUGACCUGAGCCAGCUUCAGAAGGGGCCCGACAACCAUCACAAGGUCACUGACGUCUUCCCGACCCUCCAGAGCCGACCCUGCUAUCGUCUCCUGCCCCAAGCCAAUGAGGAGAUAUGUACAUUUAUUGAAAACAACUUGCAGGCUGCAGACAGUGACCUCACAGCUCCUCCUUUCGACUCUCUCCUGGUGUUUGACUACGAAGGAGUCAGCUCUGAGGCGAGUUCGCUCAGUUCCCUCAGCUCCUCAGACUCGGACGAGGAGCAUGACUUUCGGAGCCUGAGUCAGUGGGGUCCCCUUUUCAACAGGUUGGCUGACCUGUACACUCAUGGGACCGAGGAGGACGACGAAGACACUGAAACACUGCCGGGAAAAACAGAAUGGGUCUGA